AUGUUGGAAAAAUUUCCAGUAACUCGGUUCAUUUCUGGUAUGUGUGGAAAUAAGAUUGAACAAUUGUGGCAUGAAUUUUAUCAGUUGUACAAUGUCUUACAACAAUCGCAACUUUCAGAUCAAGAAAUCUGUCAGUAUAAAGUUGAUGCGAAAAAUUGGGUUCGAAACUUUUGCUGCCCAAGUCAAG